AUGACAAAAGGUGGCAGCAAACAAAAAAAGUUGGGACGUUUAAUUUUUGGUGGAAAUCGAAAACAUUCUCCAACAAAGCGUUCUCAAACACGCACAGCUGAUGUCAUUAGUAGCAGCACGAAUAAUUUGUUGAAUAUUCAUGAUUGGGCUGUAUGGCGUAUGCAAUUAAACGAGCAUAUGAUAUCAGGCUUAUCCGAAGCAAAACCUGAUUUGAAAUAUAUGCGUCAUUUUUUACAAACAAAUCCGUUUUAUCAGAAAUAUUCACAUGAUCCUUCAAAUGGUCGUAAUGCAGGUGUUCGUCUCAUGUUUUCAAUACCACAUCCAAAGCUGAGACCGGAGUUUGUGGAAAUACCCAAUAAAUCCCCUCUAAUUAACAAUACUGAUGUGGUGAAAACGCAUGCCAAAAAUAUGAAUGAAAACAAUGAUCUAAUAGAAAGUGUCAAUUCAGUAGGUGCUACUAGCCAUCGAUCAUUGAAACAACAAAACUCAAAUGGACUUCAUGGACACAGUGAUAUACGAGCGAGUAGUUCAAGUGCUGGAGUAAUUGAGGCUAAAUUCAAAAAGACUGUACGUACAUCAUAUACAGGUGCAGAUCGAGCACAUUCUACAUUACAAAAAGCCGUUAAAGGCGGCAACGUACUUGAAAAAAUCAAGGCUUUUGAACAGGUGGCAGCAGCUGCUGCUGAAGCGAGUAAUCAUACACGAAUUCUAUCUGUAUCAUCUACAACAAAUCCCGCAGCAAGUCCAAAACAAGGCGAACGAUGGAAAUCAACACCUACAACGUUGGAUCAACAAGGUUCAUCUUUUAAUAAUGAACAACCUUAUCCUAUCCGAAUAGGUUUAACGAGUAAAGGACGUUAUACUGCGGGUAGAACAAAUGGUCAAAGAGGUAGACGAGGACCUAAUGAGCAUCAUCACCACCACGACGAUCGACGACAUAUGAUAGCAACACCAAAUGGAAAAAUAAAAGCAUCUGUUUUACAACCGGCUGAUGGAGAUAUCAUUUUGAAACGUCGAACACCAUCACAGAAAACUAUUCAAGAUGAAGACUGUUCCAUAACCGCAAUCAGUUCCCUAACAAUGGGUAUACCUGUUUCGCCAUCACGCACACUGACUCCAAAAAGAGUUGUUUCUCCGACUCAUCAUUAUAAUGAAAAGCAUUGGUUUAAAACCGGAGGUCAUCAUACACCACAUCGAAGGGAUGCAGGAUCAAGGUCGCGACAUAACCAGGCUGAAAUGGUAAAAAAAUCUAUGAAAACAAUUUCAAACACUGAUUUAUCAAAGCAACAGAAUGGUGGUAAAUCGACGUCGCGUCGGCGAUGGUUACGACGAAAAGAAAAUGAUGGUGAAACUGUCCAUGAUACUAGUAAUACUGCUAGACAGUUGAAAACACCUGAAGGUAAAAUAUCGCCAAAACAAAUUGUUUUAAAUAAAAAACAAGAAAUAAUGUCAACAAAAAAAAAACAUAAAAAAGCUGCUACGAAUGAUACUAUCAACGCUGUUGUACGAAAAGAAUCAACGAUACAAAAAACAACGGUGUUAGAUAAUAAUCGUGUAUACGGUGUUCCAUCUACGAACACUAAUACUAGUCCCAAUGAAGAUGAAAAACAGAAAAAACAAGGUUCACCUGUUAACGAAUCAGGUACCGAUGACAUCGAUCAAGAAUUAACAAAAAAUUCUGAUGUCGAACCUCAACAACAAAUAUCAGACGUGGACAAAAAAUCAAAACUUGAAACAAUAGCCAUAACGAAAUCGCCGCUAGCCAUUAGUGAAAAUGAUGAUGAAUAUCAUAAACAAAUGGUUGUUGAGCGUGUACAUAAACGAUUUAAUAAAAAUUCUCACAAAUUAUCAAGUACAGAUGGAGAUAUAUUGAAUCAAACAUCGGGAAUGAUCAAUAAACGAAACUCUUACCAAACUGACAAACGAACAUAUAAUUUGGAUGAAGAACGUUCACAAGAUGAACAAAGUAUAUCUGUCCUCGAUGAUGUUUUUAUAGAUGAUCCCACCGACGAAACAGUAAAACAAAUUGAAGAAAAAAAUCUUAUUUCAUCACGUCGUAAUUCUCUAGUAAUAACAACAAAAAUUACUCGACAUCAAUCAUCAUGUGAAGAACAAAAACAUUAUCCUAUUCGUCGCAAUAUUAGUCAACGUUCAAUGAAAGAACAUGAAAAUGUCUCAAAUAAUGAGAAUAAUCAACGACGUCGUAGUUCAAUAGUUAUUACUGAUGAAACAAACGUAGUUUCUCCGAAUACCAAUGAUCCGAAUAUAAAUGAAAUCAAAACUAAUCGUCGUUGGUAUUGGAGUAAAGAAACAGGUGGUUUAAAAAAAUCAAAACUUAAAAAUUUACCAUCACCUGUUAAACAUCAACAACAGCAAACUAUAACAAUAAUCACGAGAAAAGAUGAUGCUGAUAAGAUAAUAAAUAAUAACAUAAACGAUGAAAUAUAUGAGUCACCCAAUUCAGAGGAAACAAUUGACAAUGUUGAUCACACUCAAAAAUUACGUCAAUAUCAUACAGUUGGCUCAUCAACAAAACCAAAAACAAGUAAACAAAUUUUACAUGCCAUUGUCACAAUGAAUUCAAAUGACACAAAUCCAAACGAAAUAACAACUGAUAAAAAAUUACACCAACAGCAAAUGAAUAAUGAAGCAGAUUUUUUUGAAAAUGGUCCACUUUCGAACCCUAACUAA